AUGCAGCUCUUUCUCGUCUUCUUCCUCUUGUCUCUUCUCUUCCCCAAUUCCACAGCCGUGGAUUCCAUCAAUGCGACUCAAUCGCUCCAACCCGGAUCCACAUUACUUUCCUCCGGCGGCACCUUCGAGCUGGGCUUCUUCACCCCGCCCACUACACAGAAUCGCUACCUCGGAAUAUGGUACAAGAAGAUCUCCACCUCCACCGUCGUCUGGGUCGGAAACAGAGGCGCCCCUCUCAACGGCUCCGAAGGAGCCGUCCUGAGAUUCAUCGACGGCGGGAGGAAUCUCGCCGUUCUCGCCGCCGGCGGCGGCGGCAACGGCAACAUCACCUGGUCAACGAAUUUGACAGGAACAGCACCGAUAAGGCCAGUCGCCCAGCUUCUGGAAACGGGGAACCUCGUCAUCCGAGACGGGAACUCCGAAACGUUUCUAUGGCAGAGCUUCGAUUACCCAGGUGACACAUUCUUGCCAGGGAUGAAGUACGGCAUCGACUUCAAAUUGGGGCUCAAUCGAGCCCUAACUUCGUGGAGGACAGCUACCGAUCCAGCUGUUGGCGAUUACGCCAACACCCUGGAUCCCAGUGGAGUACCGCAGUUCUUCUUGACAAGAAGAAGCUCGGUCAUCGAGUUCAGGUCCGGUUCGUGGAACGGGAAGCAAUUCGGCGGGAUGAUCAAUCUGAAACCCAAUCCAAUCUACACUUACGAGUUCGUCUCCAACGAGAACGAGAUGUUCUAUCGCUACCAGCUUAUCAACAGCUCGGUGGUUACGAGGAUGGUGUUGACCCCUGAAGGCAACUUGCAGCGAUUCAUCUGGGUGGAGAGGACUGGUGAAUGGAACCUCUACUUGACGGCUCACACCGACAACUGCGACAGGUUUGGGCUGUGCGGGCCGAAUGGGAUCUGCGACAUCGACAAUUCGCCGGCGUGUGCGUGCUUGACGAGGUUUGUGCCGAAAUUCGCAGAGGAAUGGAGCGCGGCGGAUUGGUCGAAUGGGUGUGGUAGAGAGGUGGCGUUGGAUUGCAGCAGUGGUGAAGGGUUUGUGAAGUAUUCUGGCAUCAAGCUGCCGGAUACUAGGCAGUCUUGGUAUAAUGGCAGCAUGGAGCUCAGGGAUUGUGAGAGGAAAUGCAGGGGGAAUUGCUCUUGCACGGCUUACGCGAAUCUGGAUGUUAGGAAUGGUGGGAGUGGGUGCAUCUUGUGGUUUGGUGACUUGGUUGAUAUUCGGCAGUACGACGAUAACAAUGGUCAGGAUGUUUACAUCAGAUUGGCCGCCUCCGAAAUGGACAGAUACGAACGAUCGAAUGGGAACAAACGAGUUCGGAUCAUAGUCAUCCCGAUAUCGGUGAUGGCAUUCAUUCUACUACUUCUCUGUGUAGUUCUGAGAAUCAGAAGGAGGAAGAAACAGCUUAGAAUACAAGCAAGUAUGCCACAGAGUUCAGAAGAAGAAAGUGAGGACGAAGAAGACGAGGACGACGAAGAAUAUGAUGAAGAGCAAAGUCAUGAAGGCAGGAACAGAGAUCUAGAGCUACCAUUGUUCCACUUUAAUGCAAUUGCUGAUGCGACCAACUACUUCUCGAUAAACAACAAGCUCGGCCAAGGCGGUUAUGGACCAGUUUAUAAGGGCACCCUGAAAAAUGGACAAGUGAUUGCAGUAAAGAGGCUGUCGAAGAAGUCGAGACAGGGGACCCGUGAGUUCAAGAACGAAGUCGCCUGCAUCGCCAAACUACAGCACAGGAACCUUGUGAAGCUUCUUGGCUGCUGCAUUCAGUCCGUUGAAAGAAUGCUGAUCUAUGAAUACAUGCCCAACAAGAGCUUGAACUUCUUCAUUUUCGAUAGAGGGCAAAGCGCGUUACUGGACUGGUCUAAGCGACUCCACAUCAUCAACGGGAUAGCGAGAGGGCUUCUCUACCUUCAUCAGGAUUCGAGGCUGAGAAUCAUACACAGAGAUCUGAAAGCUAGCAACGUCCUGCUUGAUCAUGAGAUGAACCCCAAGAUAUCGGACUUCGGCAUGGCGAGGAGCUUUGCAGGGGACGAAAGUAGUGCAAACACCAACAGAAUCGUCGGAACAUACGGUUACAUGUCGCCAGAGUAUGCGAUCGACGGUCUCUUCUCGGUGAAAUCGGAUGUGUUCAGCUUCGGAGUUUUGGUGCUGGAGAUAAUUAGCGGGAGGAAGAACAGAGGGUUCUCUCACGUUGACCACAAGCUCAAUCUUCUUGGCCAUGCAUGGAUGCUGCUCAAAGAAGGCAGACCUGAUGAGUUGCUGGAGGAAUGCAUAAGGAGCACGUGCAGCGACAUGGCAGAGGUCGAACGAAUCGUUCACAUAGGGCUUCUGUGUGUGCAGCAGAGCCCUGAAGAUAGGCCAAACAUGUCAAAUGUGGUUCUGAUGUUGAGCAGCAGUGAGAUUGAACUAGCUCAACCCAAAGAGCCUGGCUUCUUCACUGAAAGGGAUAUCUUGGAAGCUUCUUCUUCAUUCAGCAAGCAUGAAUACUCCUCCACCAAUAACAAGUUGUCUGAAACUAUUAUAGAUGCUAGAUGAAACCUCUCCAUUUUCUGGUUUUUUUCAUUCAUUUUUGCAUAGUUUCUCUGUACUGAACUUUUUUACAUAAUUUUUGUGAAUAACAAAGUGGCAAUUUGGGUUGCAAUUUGUAACAAAAUGAUACAGUUGGCCAGUUCGAUUUUGUUUAUGCAUUUGACCCAAAUGCUAUUUAUUUAGUUUUCGAUCGAAUUAUAUCCGAUUUAGAUUGUAUUAUCUUAAAUAACUUUAAG